AUGGUGGAUCCUAACCUAUUACUUGAAUGUUUUGCGGGGACGCUUGAGGCGGAUCCGUCGAUUCGAAUGCAAGCAGAAUCGAACCUUAAACAAUUAUCCAUAUCACCUGGUUUCUUAGGAGCUUGUUUAGAUAUCAUUUCUCUUGAUACAGCCAAUCAUCAUAAUAAGAUAGCUCCUGCUGUUUACUUCAAGAAUAAGAUUGUUAGGUUCUGGAACUCAAGUGAUAAGAAAAAUAUCCCUAAUGAAUUAAAAAUUCAACAUGAUGAAAAACCUUAUAUUAGAGAUAGAAUCUUACCUGUUAUGAUCCAUAUUGAUUAUAGUACUAAACAACAAUUGAUACCAGCAUUAAGAGUGAUAAUAGCUCAGGAUUUUGAAAAAUGGCCCAACUUAUUAAAUGAAACUGGGAAUCUCUUACAAGAACAACAAUCUCAUGAAAAUAAUGAUGAAUAUUAUUCAAAAUUAUAUACGGGUUUAUUAUGUUUUGCUGAGAUAACUAGAAAGUUUAAAUGGGUAGAGAAUAGUGAUAGAAGUCAUCAAUUAGAUCCUAUGAUUAUAAAAGCAUUUCCUCAUUUAUUAAAUAUUGGUAAUUCAUUAAUUCUAACCGUUAGAAAUAAUGUUAUACCACAAAAUAUUGGAGAAUUGAUUUCGGAAUGUUUGAAAUUGAUUCUUAAGAUUUUUAAAUUUGUUACCUAUUAUGAUUUACCUGAACCCAUAAGAGAUCCUAUCACCAUUCAAAAUUGGAUUAAAUUUCAUAAUUCAAUCACAAAUAUCCCUACUCCUAAUUAUAUUUUACAAUUAUCAUCAUAUUCGGAACAAGAAAAGAAUUCAUUUCAAAUUUCAAAAUGUUAUAAAUGGUCUAUAGCCAAUAUGUUUCGAAUUUUUUCAAGAUAUGCUUAUGCUAAUCAAUUAAGUAAAAAAUUCAAAUAUAAAGAAUUUCAAAAACAUUUCAAUAAUGAGAUUUCAAGUCCUUUGAUUAAUUUUUAUUUAGCUAUGAUUGAAAAUUGGUGUCAUGAAAAGAAAUGGUUAAACCCUUCAUCAUUAUAUUAUGUAUUGGAAUUCUUAAGUCAAUGUAUCAUUCAUAAACAAACUUGGGUAUUUAUAAAACCUUAUUAUGAUACCUUAAUAAAAUAUUUCAUUUAUCCCAUUUUAUGUCCUACAGAUGAAGCUUUAGAAUUAUUUGAAAUCGAACCUCAACAAUAUAUUUCUAUUGUAUUUGAUAUUAAUGAUGAGUUUGAUAGUCCUGACAUUGCUGCAUUAGGGUUCUUAGUAACAUUGAUACAUAAACGUUCUCAAACUACUUUAGGAACGAUUGUUUCCACUAUUUAUAAUGAAUUAAAUGAUUUACAAAAUUUGGGAGAAGAAACAUUGGCGGUAGUUAAGAAAAAGGAAGGGAUUUUAAGAAUGUUUGGAAAUAUUUCUGAUUAUUUAAUUGAUCCUAAAUUAAAUGAUAUUCAUCAAUUGAAAUUAGUUCUUUUUUCAUUAAUUUUACCUAAUCUUAAUUCCAAAUUUGAAUUCAUCAGAGCUAGAGUAUUGGAUAUUUUAUGUAAAUUCUCCAGUUUAGAAUACACCGUUCAAGAUGAUACUGAAUUCAAUCAAUUAAUCAUUUAUCAAGGUAUAUUAAAUAAUUUCAAUCAAACUACUAAUCUUGUGCUUAAUUUUGAAAGUUCAUUGGCUAUUCAAGCUUAUAUUAAUCAUGAAAAAUUCAAACCUAUUUUAUCAACUAUGAUUGUUCCUAUUAUGUCUAAAUUAUUAGAACUUUCAAAUGAAAUUGAUAAUGAUUCAAUUUCAGUGGUGAUGCAAGAAUGUGUGGAGAAUUUCAGUGAACAAUUACAACCAUUUGGAAUUGAUUUAAUGGCAAAAUUAGUAGAACAAUUAUUACGAUUAUGUCGUGAAAUUGUGGAAUUGAAUAAUCAAGAAUUAGAAGAUGGUAAUGAUGGAGAUGAUGAUUAUGAAUCCAAUCUUCAAAGUGAUAAAAUCAUGGUUGGAAUUGGAUUAUUGAAUACAAUGAUUACGAUUUUAUUAUCAUUUGAAAAUUCUCAAUCGAUUUGUUUAAAAUUAGAAGAAACUUUUUAUCCUGUGGUGGAAUAUAUCAUUGUUAAUAAAUUAGAUGAUCUUUUUGGAGAAGUAGGAGAAUUAAUUGAAAAUUCGAUUUUCUUAUUAAGAUUCAUAAGUCCAAAUAUGUGGAAAUGUUUUGAAUUAUUAUAUCAAUCUUUUGUGGGAGAAGAUGGAAUAAGUUUAAUGUAUAUUGAAGAAUUAUUUCCUACUUUACAAAAUUUCCUUAUUUAUAGUGGGGUAAAUGAUGCUCGACAUGAAUCUCAAAUCAUGAAUGAUGUUUAUAAAUCCUAUAUGAUUGAGAUUAUUCAUGAGAUAUUAUUGAAUUCAACUGAUCAAAUUAGUGAAUUUUUAUAUGGUAUAGAAUUAGGACAAACUUUUAUUCUUUCUAUUAAUGAUGUUACAAAAAUUAGUCCAAUUAUUAAUGAAUCAAAUUCAAAUUUAACGAUUAAAUUAAUCCUGACUUAUCUUCAAUUAUAUCAACAAUAUUUCAAGGCGGCGGUUGAACGGAAAAAGAUUUCAAAUUCGAAUAUCAAUGUUAAUUUAAUUAAUAUCAUUGUUAGUGGAUUUACCAUUGAUUAUUAUAAAACAUUAGUAUUAUUAACUGAAUCAGGAGAGAUUGGGAAUUUCUUUGAUCGUUGGUUUAAGAUGAUUCCGAUUUUGACGAGAGUAUAUGAUAUUAAAUUACAUUUAAUCAGUAUAAUUAAUUUAAUGAAUGGAGGAGAUAUUGAUAUUUUAAAUAAAUUAGGAGAUAAGUUGAUUAUAUUGAUUCGUAAUUUACCAAGAGCGAUGAAUAAUUUAGAUAAGAAAAGAAAGAAUUUGAAUGGAGGAGGAAUAAUUGAACCGAAAGUGAAUGAUAUACAGGAUGAAUCUGAAGGUCAAACUAAUCAAUAUCUUGAUUUUUUACAAACUGAAGAUUCUAAAAUUAAGAAUUUAGAAUAUUAUAAUUCUGAAGAUGACGAUGAUGAAGAUGAAUUAAUAAUGGAAGAUCCCUUAGUUACGAAUCCAUUAGAUAAUAUUGAUAUAUUAUUAUUAGUUAAGACAUAUCUUCAAUAUUUACAUCAAAAUGAUGGACAAAAGUUCACGAUUAUAUUUGGACAAAUUAGUGAUAAUGAUAAAUUAAUUCUUGAAAAUUUAAUCAUGAAUAAGUAG